GUCGCAGGCUCCGUCCUCUUGCCGCCGCCGCCGCCGCCGCGCCAUGACUUCGCUGACCCAGACGCAACUCGGGCCUGGUGCAGCGCCGCACGGAGGCCUCGCGCAGCGCGGCUGACAAAGAGCGGGGGGCCGGCGGCGGGGGCGGCGGGAGUGGCGGCGGCGGCGGGCCGGAGGAGGAAGGCCGGCGAGACGAGCAGGGGGACGAGGAGAAGGGCGACUCCAAGGAAACGCGGCUCACGCUCAUGGAGGAGGUGCUGCUGCUGGGCCUCAAGGACCGGGAGGGUUAUACAUCAUUUUGGAAUGAUUGCAUUUCGUCUGGGCUCCGUGGUUGCAUGUUAAUUGAAUUAGCACUGAGGGGGCGUCUUCAGCUGGAAGCAUUUGGAAUGAGACGUAAAAGUUUGCUAACUAGAAAGGUGAUCUGCAAAUCAGAUGCUCCUACAGGAGAUGUUCUACUUGAUGAAGCUUUGAAGCACAUUAAAGAAACUCAGCCUCCAGAAACAGUGCAGAACUGGAUAGAACUACUUAGUGGUGAGACAUGGAAUCCAUUAAAAUUGCAUUACCAGUUAAGAAAUGUCCGUGAACGGUUAGCCAAAAACCUAGUCGAAAAGGGGGUUUUGACUACGGAGAAACAGAACUUUCUCCUCUUUGACAUGACCACACAUCCCCUCACCAACAACAACAUUAAGCAGCGCCUCAUCAAGAAAGUUCAAGAAGCUGUGCUUGACCGAUGGGUGAAUGACCCCCACCGCAUGGACAAGCGCUUGCUGGCUCUCAUUUACUUAGCCCACGCAUCAGACGUCCUUGAGAACGCUUUUGCCCCCCUUUUGGAUGAGCAGUAUGAUCUUGCCACAAAGAGGGUGCGGCAACUCCUGGAUUUAGAUCCUGAAGUUGAAUGUAUGAAGGCCAACACAAAUGAGGUUCUGUGGGCUGUAGUAGCAGCCUUCACAAAAUAACUACAAUCAGACUGCUCAAACGUUCUUUUUCUCAUUUCAUGUAAAUCAGUUAAUCUUCUCUUGAUGAUUCAUGUUUUCUGUCAUCAGUACCUCCCCUUAUGUGAUGAAAAUCAACUCCUGAUCAUAAGAAUGGUAGGUAAUGUGUUCUGAGUCCCCAUUCCCCACUGCUACCCCGUGUGUGUGUGUGUGUGUGUGUGUCUACUACAGGAUUCUGCUGGUACAAGAAAGCUGCUUCCUGUUCUUAAACUGGUUGGCUGUCAUAUUGUCAUUCUGUUGUAUAUCCAGUUUAAGUUACUUUAGAUUUCUACUGUGUACUUCCUUUUCUUCCUCUGGAAUGUGGUUAUACAAAAAAAUGCCUCCCAGGAGAGAAGCAAGCACCUAAUUUCCAAUGGAUUUAGCUCUAUAAUCUGCCUCAGCAGCAGGGCAUUUUGGACUAAAGUCACAGAAGCAUCCUGACAUCGCAGAGUUAGUUAUAUUGAAGUCUUGAGAAAGUGGUUUUACAGGUAUUGUUACAUCAUUGAGGCUUUUGUGGGAAACUUAUAUAGAACCAAACCAGCUGAAAUGGAGCUGAGAUAAGCAUAAAAGCAAUAUUUGGUGAAAUAUAUUUUCGUUCUUUAUUGAAGUUUGGAUGCGUUCAAAUAAUUCUAAAACCUUGAAUAUCCCAAGAUGGGCUCAGUAACUUUUGCAUGUUGCUGCCCAUGCGAAACUAUAUUGAUUUUAUGCUGUAUUUUUCCCUGCAAAAUAUCACUGCAAAAUCUAAGACUAGUACAGAAAGGUCCAGUUGUUUCACAAAGCGGUUUUGUGAUGGGAUACAUUCCAGUGUAGUCUGUACAUAGUAAGAAUUGUAUAUUAACACACGAGCACAUCAAAUAAUUUCAGUAAGAUUCCAAAAGUGAAUGGAUGGUACACCUGGCGUUCUGUUAUUUGCUUUCAACUGCUGCCUUCCCCCACCCCCUUGUUUUGGGAAGCUGGGCCUCCUAUAAGUGAGUGAGUGAACGUGUGUGAUACCUUUCUGACGUGCCUGGGCUUUGUGCCAUCCAGGUACAAUCUGCCUAUGCAUUGCCUUGAUAGUAUUUGUAGUAGGAUGAAACUACUUUAUUAUAAUUUUUUAAAUCUUACUUUCAGAAGAGGCUUGUGACCAGUAAAAUUCUUUGUGCAGUUUUCAGUUUUAGUUUAUUCACAAUCUAAUACUGUGUCUCAUGUCAUUAAUCUACUUAACACUUCAAAAAAAAAUCAGCUGUCAAUCUUAGCAAGUGUUGCAUGUAAAUUGUUAGCAGGUGAAUACUACAGUAAAACCAAUUAAGACUUCUGUAGUAGGACACUCUACUAUGUUUUAAUUUUUAUAUACAAUUAUGCUGAUUAGCACAUUAUUGUAAAAUAUAUAAACUGGCUUUUUAAAGUUUAUUACCUCUUUACUGUUGCUUGUCCUUGCUUCACAAUGUAAAUAUUAUGCAUUGAACAAAUUAAAAAAAUGGUUUCCCCCCCCUUUUCGGUUCAAAUAACAGAACAGAGUAAUAGUGGGGCAGGUAUCUAGAAACCUUUCUUUAACACUGAAAACAGAGAAUACUAAAUGACGUAUAUAACUGUAGUUGAAAGUAAAGGGGAUUCCCAAUCUGUAUACUAGCUUUUUACCUACAGUAAAUAAACCUAUGAUCUUGAAAGUGCCUGAAACAGAGCAAGCAUAUAA